CCAGCUAAAGAGACUACAUACCUGUGGCCUAUCGAAGCAAUGUCGACCGUCAACGGCUUCCUCACUCCACCCACGGCCCGUCUAUCGAGACGGGCCGCGGCAUUCCAGCCCAUUGCCUCAGCGAAGCUCAGCUCCUCAUCCCCUUCUCCACCGCCCAGUCUCAUCCGGGACAAGCCGGUUUUCGCUGCUCCAGCUCCCAUCAUCCACCAUGCUCCGAGAGAGGACUUGGGAGAAUACUCAUACGAAGACGCCAUAGCUGAACUCGAAAGACUACUAAGUGUUAAGGGAGAGCUAGCACCUGCUGCGGCAGCAAAAAUCGAUCAAAUCACGGCCGAGCUGCAGGCAGAAAACGGCAGCGCCACUCUUUCGCCCUCCGUUGAAAGAUUGAAGACCGGCUUCCUCACCUUCAAACAUAAGAAGUACAACUUGAGACCAGGAUUGUACAGCGAACUCGCCAGAGGCCAGACUCCCCAGUAUAUGAUCUUUGCAUGCUCGGAUUCACGUGUGUGCCCAUCCCAUGUGCUGAACAUCCAACCGGGGGAGGCGUUUGUGGUUCGUAAUGUUGCUAACAUGGUCCCUCCAUAUGACAAGACCCAAUAUUCCGGAGCAGGCUCUGCUAUAGAGUAUGCUGUCCUGCACCUCAAGGUACAAGAGAUAGUAGUGAUGGGGCACAGCGCCUGCGGUGGGAUCAAGGGGCUCAUGUCCUUCCCAUACGACGGAAAAUACUCAACCGAUUUCAUCGAAGACUGGGUGAAAAUCGGCUUACCUGCAAAGGCCAAGGUGACAGCUGAGAAUGGAGACACAGCUUUUGGUGAUCAGUGCGUGCUGUGUGAGAAGGAGGCAGUGAAUGUGUCGCUUGAAAACCUGUUAUCGUAUCCAUUUGUUCGACAAGGAGUGGUGAACGGAACUCUCGCCCUCAAGGGUACUCAUUAUGAUUUCAUCAAAGGAGGUUUAGAGAUCUGGGCACUCGAUUUCAGCCUUUCCCCACCUGUAUCUCUAUAACCUGUUAAUAUCGCCCUUGCUUUCCCUCAAUUUGACUGGUAGUUUCUACCGCCAAAUGCAAGCCCAGUGAUUCCUCGUUUUGUUGUACAGUGCUUCCUGCAAAGCACAUGUAAUCAUGUAAAAUUGUACAUCAGUAAUAAGAAAUUCAAUUCCUCUA